AUGCAUUUCACCAAAGCUCUCCUGUUUACCGCUGCGGCUGUCGCGCCCUUCGCAUCCGCUGCAGUGCAAGCUGAACCAACCACCACCAUCACCAUCCAGAUGAUGAGUGUUGGCGCUUCUUCGUCGACUCCCACACCGUCUUCCACUUUCACUCCAUCCCCCACCAGCAGCGUCGUCAGCGUGACUCCAAGCAGCAGCAGCAGCCCCUUGAUUCGACCCACCGGUGGUAUCUAUAUCCCCAGCCCCGGCCGCUGGAACUCAACCAGCUCUUCGAUGGUCAAGGUGACAGUCCCUGCCACUGUCAGUGCCCCCUCGCAGACAAGCGCCGCUGCCUCCGCAAUCUCGUCGGCACCAUCCCAGGUCGGUGCCGCUUCCUCGAUGAACUUCUCCGGCGCUCUGACUGCUGUUGCCAUGGCCCUCGCGGGAUUUGCCAUGUUUUAA